AUGGCGGCUGGCCCGGGGCUAGGGUUUGGCGCAUCGGGUAUAGACAUCAGACCAGGCAGCGGCGCAGGCGGCGCAGGCGGCGGUGGCGGAGGGGGAGGUUUAGAUGAGCGGCCGAGCAGCGCGGGACCGACGACGAUACAACAGCACAUGCAGCACCACCAGCAGCUGCACCAGCACCAGCAGCACUAUGCCGCAGCCGUGGGAUCGCGCGCAGUGAAUAGUGCCGGAUCCGUAUCGUAUCUCAACGCCAUGCCUGGGCGGCAGCGCAUCGUGGCUUGGCUGGAAGAAUCGGAUCAGUCGUUUGCGACAGUAGACGAAACCACGAACGAGCCUGUGCGACUCAGGUCCCCGCGGGGUAAGCAGGCGGAAGGGGAUGGGGAAAGCGGGCGGGACGGGAGCGCGGACGCAGCUGCUAUGGAACGCCUGGGGCUCUUUCUUUCCAGCCUGCCCGCCGGGCAGUAUGAAGACCGCGGCAGCCCCACGGCCGCGCCUCCGUCCGCCUCGGGGGAGUCCAGCGGCGGAGUUGGGGGCCCCAGCGGAGCGUGGAGCACGGGAGGCGGAGCGGGAGGCAGCAGCAGCACGGGGACGCACGGGCAGUCGGGUUAUUCCGCCAUGGCCACUGCGGGUUCAGGUGCUACUGGCCCGAGUUACACCAGUCCGGGUAUUCCAGGGGGAGGUUUUACUGGUGCAGGCUUAUCUGGGGCGCGCAGGGCUUCCCCGAAUAACUCCAAGCGGGACCUGCUUCCGCCCCCCGUGGGGGGCCACAGCGGGGGGGCGGGGGGCGGGGGUGGGAGUGGCGGGAAUCCAUUGGGGGGAAACCCGAUGGCGCGCACGCGGUCGAGCCAGGAGCCUGUGCGCCUGGUGCCGCAGAUGGGCAGCGCGGAGGAGAGCGCGCAGGCGGGCGCUGCGCCUUCCCCCCUCCCCGCUACAGCAGGCUCGCUGGGGGCGGGACCUAGUGGGGCGGGGGGAGCCAGAGGCGCAGGUGUGCUGGCGCCGUCAUUGAGCUUUGCCAAUGGGGUUGGUUCAGGCACGGGGGCAGGGGGGGCUGGUGGCGCAGGGGUAGGGGCUGGGACAGGAUUGGGUCCGGGGGCAUCCGUAGGGGUUGGAGGUGGCACUGGCUCCGGUGCUGGUGGCGCUGGUGGAGCUGGUGGGGCGAAGGAGAAGGAGAGCCUUCGCGUGCAGGCACUGAGUAACGCCAUUCGGCACAGCAGCCACGGCGGGGAGAAGGACAGAGACAGUCACAGAGACAAGGAGCUGCUGGGCCGUUCCACCACUCAGUACUCAGAAGAAGGGGGCUCAGCAGCAGCAGUAGCCGGAUCAGCUGUUGCUGCCACUGCUGGGUUUGGUGGGAGCGCGAGAGGCUUGGGAGGGGGCUUUGCUUCGGACACAGCUUCGGAUACGGCUGCAGGGCAGGUGCAUAUGAGGGAUGGUAGCUUUCCCCCGUCUCCUGCUCCGGAUAAGUCGUGGCAUGAGGGGUUAGGGGAGAUUAGGACAGAGGAUGGCCAGAUAGGGGAGGGGGGUACUGGGGAUGGAGACUUGUCUAUGGAUGGUGGGAAGGGAGGUGCAGCUGAGGGUUCUUCUCACGAAGAGGCUCCUUGUUCCAAGAGUAUGAAUUAG